AUGUUCGAGGCUGUUGGGCUGUUGGCCUAUGAGAACGAACACCAGAGGAGCAGGUUGCGUUGCGCAGAUUUCAGUGGAUCGGGCUUGAAGCGUGGAUUCAAAGCGGCUGGCUGGAAUUUCCCAAAGCCUAUGGAGAUGGAAAGACGUCCACAGGUGCACCGUGUCCAGUUCCCAUCGGACAUCGUGGCCCCGCCUGGUCCUGCCAUCACGAUGAUUUUCAUGCAAACGAGAGUUCCGCGGCUGAGCGCUUCCUUGUUCCCCGGCCACACGCAUACUGCACCAGGUCCGACCGGGGUGGAGGGCGUUUCCGUCAGAUUUCAACCUCGUGUCGCUGACGACAUCUCACCUGGUGGUCUACUCUCCUCUCUCCCUCUCCUCUCCUCUCUUCUCAAUCUCUUCCUGGAUCGCGGCUCCUUGACACUCCAGUCUACGGAGUACGUCGCAGCCGCAGUAUGCGCCGAGAAACAGAAUCUCCGGCGCCCACCAACUUGA